AUGGGCACCUCCAACAGUGACCUGAUCCAGUCCAAUGCCGACAACUGGCAGCAGAGCAACUGGACCAUGUACGCUUAUACUCUCAUGGAGACUAGCGCCACUACCCAGGAGCCCAUCUACGGUGAUGGCCAGGCAGACGGCACUAAGGGCGACAAGGUCACCAUGCACUUUCGAUGGCUCGACCGGCAGCUACACCUAGACCGUUCUGAUCAACGGCAAGACCGCCUCCACCCUCUCCACCAGCGAUGGCAAGGCCUUGGGCUGGGGAAGCGCUGUCGAGUGUGCCGAGGACAACUUGCGACACUGUCGGUGCUCACUCUUGUGCACGGUUAUUGCCAACGGGUUCCAUUUCAUGGGUGGAACAUGAGGAGGAGCGGCAGAAAUGGAACUUGCUUCUAA